AUGUCGACAGCCCCAAAAACGCCGACUGCUGCAAAAACGACUGCCGCCAAAUCGGCCUCGGUGCUCUUUGUGUCCUUGGUCUCUCGAGACGACAAGCCGCUCUACAUCCAGAGUUUUGAGGGCGCCGAAAACGCCCAUGCCCUGCCCCAGCACGCCGGCCAGUUCCUCAAAUACAACUUCCUAUCACACAUGGCACUUGACGUCUUUGCGUCGCCCAUGUCACUCCACUUGCGCGAGCAGCAGGAAGACCACGACGGCGUCUUGCUUCUUUUCAUCCAGGACGACGUCUAUGUGUACGGCAUGGAAACCAACAAUGGCUUGAAGGUGGUGGUGGGCGCCAGCAACGAGAUCGGCGCCCGCCCGGCUUUGCGCCUGCUUUUUCUGCGCAUCCACAGGGCCUAUUUGAAGACAGUCUGCAACCCUUUCACGGACGUUUCCAGUGCUGGCGAUUGUGAGCAGAUGCUCCACACCCCUGCGUUUGAGCGGCGCAUGCAUGCACUUGUGGGGGACUGGGAAAAGUAG